ACGGCCUCUGGUGACAUUUUCUUGGGGCGGCGCGGACGGCUGAAGGGAACUGGUGGUGGAGUCGGUGGACGCUGCGGAGGCGGCGGGAUUCGCUUUGACCUCAGCGGGAGGCUCGGACCGUGACGCUCGGCUGCGGGCGGGCGCUGGCGCUGAGGCGGCGGCGGCGGCGGCCCUCGCUUCCCGAGUCCCCGCGGGCCGGGACAGUGCCUGUCGGGGUCGGUGCGUGCCCCGACGGGGCGCGCGGGGCGGCCGCGCGGGACGGAGCGGUCGGGGCGCUCAGGAUUCCAGUUGCAUCCUUGAUACCGUUUCCUAGACUCUGCUCCAUGAUUUAAUGUGAAAUUCUGAAAUGAAGAUGGAGGAGGCAGUGGGAAAAGUUGAAGAACUCAUUGAGUCUGAAGUCCCACCAAAAACCUCUGAACAAGAGACAGUCAAGGAAGAAGAUGGAUCUGUAGAACUGGAAUCCCAAGUUCAGAAAGAUGGUGUAGCAGAUUCUACAGUUCUUUCUUCAAUGCCCUGCUUGUUGAUGGAACUGAGAAGGGACUCUUCUGAGUCUCAGUUAGCAUCCACAGAGAGCGACAAGCCGACAACUGGCCGAGUCUAUGAGAGUGACUCCUCUAAUCAUUGCAUGCUUUCCCCUUCCUCUAGUGGUCACCUUGCUGAUUCAGAUACUUUGUCUUCUGCAGAAGAGAAUGAACCCUCCCAAACAGAAACAGCAGUAGAAGGAGACCCUUCAGGAGUAUCUGGUGCCACAGUUGGGCGCAAGUCUAGGCGGUCCCGUUCUGAAAGUGAAACAUCUACUAUGGCUGCUAAGAAAAAUCGGCAAUCCAGCGAUAAACAGAAUGGCCGAGUUGCCAAAGUUAAAGGUCAUCGGAGCCAAAAGCACAAGGAGAGGAUCAGACUACUGAGGCAAAAGCGGGAGGCUGCUGCAAGGAAGAAGUACAAUCUGCUACAGGACAGUAGUACCAGUGAUAGUGACCUGACUUGUGACUCAAGCACAAGCUCAUCAGAUGAUGAUGAAGAGGUUUCAGGGAGCAGCAAGACAAUCACUGCAGAGAUACCAGAUGGACCUCCAGUUGUAGCUCAUUAUGAUAUGUCUGACACCAGCUCUGACCCAGAAGUGGUAAAUGUGGACAGUUUAUUGGCGGCUGCAGUAGUUCAAGAACACACUAAUUCUGUAGGCGGCCAGGACACAGGAGCUACCUGGAGGACCAGCGGGCUUCUAGAGGAGCUGAAUACAGAGGCAGGUCAUUUGGAUCCAGGAUUCCUAACAAGUGACAAGACAUCUGGCAAUGCACCACUUAAUGAAGAAAUUAAUAUUGCCUCUUCAGAUAGUGAAGUAGAGAUUGUGGGCGUUCAGGAACAUGCAAGGUGUGUUCAUCCCCGAGGAGGUGUGAUUCAGAGUGUUUCUUCAUGGAAGCAUGGCUCUGGCACACAGUAUGGCAACACCCGGCAGACACAGUCAUGGACUGCUGUGGCUCCUCAGCAGACUUGGGCUUCUCCAGCAGAAGUUGUUGACCUUACCUUGGAUGAGGAUAGCAGACGUAAAUACCUACUGUAAUGCAAUGUCACUGUGUCUCCUCUGCACUGUUCCCUUUCACUUCCUCUUCCUCUUUGUGACAUGGAAGUUCAUUGUCAUAGCUUCAGCUUCAGAAGCUGUUUGUGGCAUUUGUAGAAUUGAAACUCAUGGAAUCCCUAUUUCCCUCCCUCCCUCCCUCUUUUUUCUUUAAAAGAAGUCAUUUAGGAAAACAACUUACCACAAAAAAUAAUUUCUUUUCUCACUCAUUAAGAACAUAUAAUAAUUACUUUUUAUUAAACACCUUCAUUUUGUUUGGUGACUUUAAAAGGUCACCUUCCUUUUGAAAUAGUACUUUAAUUGCCAGGUAAAGUGUAUUUUAGUUUUUUAAUCUUGUAUUUAUUUUUUUCUGUAAUGACAAUAUCCAGAAUUGACCACUAUCUACCCGCUUCACAAUCACUCACCUUAGGGCAUUUGCACAUGUCAUUCAGGUCCAUAUGGGCACUUGUGGGGCAUGUAUACUUAAAAAUAGAACACAGAAGUGUUACAAUUCUUUUUUUCUUUUAGCUUAAGUACUCUGACUUCUUUCCUGACUUUGUACCUGGUUGACUUCCCACAACACAAAUAAUUGGCUUGCCGUUUUUGAUUUCUAAUACUAGAAAGGUGACUUAGUUGGUCUCCUUGUUGCAAUAAUUCAUAAUAACUCUUUGGAAAAUGUCUCAUUUGGAGCAGAGGCAUUUUUGGAAAACCUACCAUGAGGUUUCCUAAGCAUCUGAAGAGAGUAUUGAGAAAUCAGUGGGAAAAUCUCUUUCCCUUAAGCUUUUCUCCCUGGUUUAUCCAAAUAACUGGAGAACAUAGAAAGCUAUUACUUAGGAAAACUAUGAAAAGUUAUGUGAUUUAUGAAGCUAUAGGCACUUGCAAAUCUGAGAGGAAAGUGCCUUGUUUCAUAGCUUGUCUCUCCAUAAAGAGUGUUUAACAACUGUUGAACUGGACCUGAUGCUGUAUUCGGACAUUUUUCUCCUCUUAUCUUGUAAAAGUAUAUAUACUAUAAGAGAAAUCACAAUAUAACAUAAAAAGUCAGAUGCAAAGCACAUUAAUGGAACUGUAAGUCUUAUAGAUCUAAAAGGAGUAGCAAAAGGUAGUAGAAACUUCAGGGAAUUAAAGAAAUGCCAGCAUAGGAGUUUUGUGGCAUUAGUUGCUACCUUUUUUCCUGUGACAUGUUGUAGUUACUAGUGAAUUAUUUUAAAAGCAAUACCUAGAAUUAGACACUAUGUAUUCUGCACAGGGAGGAGUGAAGUAUUUAUUGGCUCAGAAGACUUCACCUUUUUUUUUUUUUUUUUAUUUUUUUAAUGUUUGGGUUUGCUUUUUUUGUUCUUUGUUUCCAUUGUUACCAUAUGUCAUUGCUCUGGCCUUGUGCCUCUCUUCCCAAAUGCCUUGGUGGCUCUUCCUGAUUAUAAGAGUAUGAGAACUACUAUUUUCUGUUUCCAUUCAGUGAACACAUACUGACUAAGUGCCUGCUCUGCAUAAGCACUAUGCAGGGUGGGCACUGUGGAGGCCGCUGAGAUGAAUGAGACACAGCCUUGCAUGUGCAUGCAUGAAAUUGCCUGGCUCUGCUUGCCUGGCCUUUUCUUCUUUUUCAUAGAUAGACAAGUUUAUUCUUUCCUGUUUCUUUUCUACAUGUUGCUUCUUCCAUGGGGGAUGUAUUUGAGCAUGUGUUCCUUAAUCUUUUCUGACAGAAUCUCACUUGAUCUGGCCUCUGUUCUUCACUAGUGCUUCAUUUUUCCCUCUAUCUACUUCGAAUGAAUCAGGCAUACAAGGCCAUGUAUUAGCACAUCGUACAUCGUUCUUUCACAUGGCCACAAUCCUAGAUAGAAACCAAAGACCCAGAGGCCAGAGCAAAGCAGGACCUUCUUAAGAUUUACUAUUGGUAUAUCCUUGGGCCUUCACAACUUGAUUUAGGAUUAAUUUAUUGAGUUUUACUGUUACACGUACAUUGUUUUUUACUUGAAUUAAAAUACUCAACAAAGCAGAAAUGUAUAAUUUCUGGUCUGUGUUUUCCAGGAAAAUCAUUGGUAAGAGAGUAGAGUGGAGUGUAUGACUUGAAGUUUUUGUAGUUUAUUUCUCAUCCCCCCCAUCCCCACCCACCAAUAUCAGGGCAUAGCUCCAUUUUAAAGAAUGUUUUUGUAUUACCUAUUUUCAUGUUAAUCGUGUAUUUUGUCCAAUCCUAUGCAGUGGAUGAUUGCUCAUGACAUAUUUUCUUUAGUCCUUAGUAGUCACCCUCUGAAAACUUUUCAAUGUGCUUUGUGCACUGUGGAUUGGGGGCAGAGUGGAGUUACAACUGAGCUCUUUUCUGGCCUUUUAAGCUUUCAUAUAAGGCACUUUUCCCUUCACUUCUUUUUCUAGUUCCCUGUCUAUCUGGCUUGAUGCACCAGAACAGAGAUUUAGGCAUUAAGAUAUGAAAAGAGAUGGAAUGCAAGGAGAUGUUAGA